AUGGCUUCUCCGUCGCCUAAACUAUUCCAGCCCUACCGUCUCGGCAACAUGGUCCUAUCCAACCGAGUUGUCCUUAGCCCGUUGACGCGUACGCGUGCUAACGAGCAGCACGAGCUUGACGAUCUCGCGGUCGAGUACUACUCUCAGCGUGCGAGUACCCCGGGCACUCUGUUGAUCAGCGAGGCUACUAUCAUCGCUCACAAGGCUGGUGGCUGGCCGCGUGCACCUGGUAUCUGGACCGACAAGCAGCUUGCGGCUUGGAAGAAGAUCACGGAUGCGGUGCAUUCAAAGGGAUCCUUCAUAUUGUGCCAGAUCUGGGCACUGGGCCGUGUGGCGAGGGUCGAUGCUACUGAGGUUGAGGGGAUCGAGAUCGUCGGACCAAGUUCCAUUCCCAUGACAGGGAGGCCAACUCCGCGUCCUCUGAAGGUUGAGGAGAUCAAGGAGUACGCUCAACUUUUCGCUACGGCUGCAAAGAACGCUGUAUCUGCCGGGUUCGAUGGCGUGGAAGUACACGCUGCCAAUGGGUACUUGGUAGACCAGUUCUUCCAGACCGUGACCAACGACCGCACGGACGAGUACGGAGGAAGCGUAGAGAACCGAAUCCGGUUCCCUUUGGAGGUCAUCGAUGCCAUCGUCGGCGCGAUCGGUGCCGAGAAGACCUCGUUGAGGAUCCAUCCGUGGACAAACUACCAAGAAAUGGGCAUGCCAGAUCCUAUUCCGACGUUCGCCACAUUCGCCACCCGACUCGCCGAGAGACACCCGAACCUCGCGUAUCUUCAUGUCUGCGAGUCGGAUACGCCCGAGGCCAAGACUUCAGCGGGUGUAUUGCAUUCUAACGAGCCGAUCCGCAAAGCAUGGGGACCGCGCACGUACAUAACGUCCAACAACUACACACGCGAGAGCGCCAUCGAGGCUGCAGAGAAGGACGACCAUACGCUCGUCGGAUUUGGUCAGAAAUUCCUUGCCAAUCCUGAUCUGGUGCGCCGUUUGAAGGAGGAUUUACCUCUCAAUGCGCCGGACUACACGACUUAUUACGUCGGUGGCGCUCGUGGCUACACCGACUACCCGUUUGCAACCUCUGUGACCAGCGCUGUAGUUACUCCCACUGUAGACGCUUCUGCUUGA